AGAUUGCAAACAGAGAGCACUUGUCCCUCAAGUUAAGCCUAAACACCAGUUGAAAAAUGUAAUUGUCAAGGGAUUCAGAAAAACAAACCUUUUCUCUUAAAUUUAGUGGAGAGAGUGGGAUAUCUCUUGUUUUGGCUGACAUAUAUACGGCCUAAACAAUUGGCUUAAACCUUGUUUGGGAUUCCUGCUUGUUUUAGCAUGGCGGAGCUUGGAGUUCACAGAAUCUUCCUUUUGGUAAUUUCUCUGAUAAAGUGUCUGGAGGGCACAAAACUGCUGGCAGAUUUUAAAAAAUGUGGUGACUUGGAGUGUGAAACUUUAAUAAGCAGAGUCUUAGCUGUGAGAGAUUACAGAGGACCUGACUGCCGAUACCUGAACUUCACUAAGGGAGAAGAGAUAUCUGUUUAUGUUAAGCUUGCAGGAGAAAGGGAAGAUUUGUGGGCAGGAAGUAAAGGAAAGGACUUUGGAUAUUUUCCCAGAGAUGCAGUCCAGAUUGAAGAGGUGUUCAUAUCUGAGGAAGUUCAGAUAUCAACUAAAGAAUCUGAUUUUCUUUGUCUUCUUGGAGUAAGUUACACAUUUGAAAAUGAAGACAGUGAAUUAAACAAUGAUGAUGGCAAAAAUAUAUGUCCAUAUGAAGAAGAUAAAGACCAAAAAUCUAGUGUAUAUGAAAGUGACUUUCAGACAGAAUCUGGAUUUUAUUCAACUUCUGAAAGUACUUUGUUUGAAGAUCAGUUUCCAGUAUCAGAAGCUCCUGAAGAUGUCAGAAGUACUAGUGAAUCAAAAGACUGGGAAGCAGUGGAAGCUGGAAGUAUGGAAGAGGAUUAUGUUCCAGAAGUGGAUCACAUCCCACCAUCCUCGCCUGAAGUGACAGGAUGGUUUGGAUUUGGAAAGGAACUAGCUGAAGGAAAGGCUUUUGAAUCAGUUAUUGAACCUCUACAAGAAAGUUCAUUUCAAAGUAGAAAAAUAGCAGGAGAAGAGGAGAAUGACCUAGAGGAAUUAAAUAAUGAUGAACCCCAAACAGAACAAAAGCAAGAACCUGAAUUGGAAUUCAAUUCAGUGCCAAAGAAACAGUCUGAACUAGGUUCUGAGUCAGAGAACAUUAUCAGUCCUGAAGCCACUAGUUGGUUUGGGGGUGGUUUUAAAAGUUAUUUAGGUUUUGGAGGUGAGUAUACAGGGCUUGAAUUAUUGUCCAAAGAAAGCGAUCCACCACUACAAGAUGUUCCUAAUUCCUUAUCAUCUGAGGAAGAACCCACAGUUCCAUGCACAGAAAUAUUAACAGAAAAAGAAGACACAAUCGUCAAUGAUACCUCAAUUCUCAAGCCAAGUUGGUUUGAUUUUGGUUUUGGUAUGCUAGGCUUUGUAUAUAACAAUGAAGAUAAAAUUAUAUCAGAUGAUGGAAAAAGUGAAGAAGGAAGUGGAGGAGAUAAACAUGAACGUCUUCCAACAAGUAAAUUUGACCCUGAUAAGGAACAAGAAAUAAAAACAAUAGAAAUUAUGGAAGCUGAAGAGCAAGUAGGAAAGGAAAGAGUCCUAGAGAAAACAGAUGAUUCUGAUACCUUACCAUAUUUUAAAAAGUUUUUAUAUAAUUGGAACUUCCAGGACAUUCCAAAGGAAAUAGAAUUGCAAUUUUCCAAACAGAUACAGGAUGAAAAUAAUGUAAUUGAAAAUGAUGAAACAGAAGAAUUUUCAGCUGAAAAUUAUCACACAGAUAAUAUGGAAGUUAUGAUGCUGAAAAGCAGAUCCAGUCCAUCAGAUAUGGCUUCUAAAAUAGAGUCACCCGGGAGAAUUCAUAAAGAAGUACAUUUCAAAACUCCAUCUUCUAAAAAUAAUGAUGAAAAAUCAAAAAUAUCACUAGGUACUGAAGGAUCUACUCAGGUGGAAAUAGACAGAUCUGUGGAAAAUACCCUCCCAAAUAGUGAAACAGUUUCAACUGAUUACUUUUUGUCUUCUCAAGAAGAAGAUGCUUCUGAGUAUCAGAUUCUGAAAUAUUUAUUUCAAAUUGACAUUUGUGAUUUCAUGAAUUCUGCAUUUUCAUCAAUUAUAAUUCUUACAAAAAGGGUUGUGGCAGCAUUGCCUGAAGAUAUGAGAGGUCCUAAGCCCUAUGGUUUCCCAUGGGAAUUGGUGAUAUGCGCAGGUGUUGUUGGAUUUUUUGUUGUUCUCUUGUUUUUGUGGAGAAGUUUUCAAUUGGUUAGAAGCUGGCUUUAUGUGGGGAGAGAGAACAAGCUUGCUAUAGAACUUUCUACACUAAUUGAUGAAAAAUGUAAACUACUUGAAAAAUUUAGCCUUGUUCAAAAAGAGUGUGAAGGCUUAGAAUCAUCUUUAAAGGAUGCCAGUUUUGAGAAGGAAUCAACAGAAGCACAAAGUUUGGAGUUUGUUGAAGGAUCACAAAUAUCAGAGGCAGUCUGUGAAAAUCUGAACAAGUCUAAAUCUGAACUUGAGGAUGAAAUACUUUUUCUGGAAAACCAAUUAAAAGAAGAGAAAUCUAAACAUUCUGAACAAGAUGAAUUGAUGGUGGAUAUUUCAAAAAGGAUACAGUCCCUAGAAGAUGAAUCAAAAUCUCUUAAAUCACAAGUGGCUGAAGCCAAAACAACCUUUAAAAUAUUUCAAAUGAAUGAAGAACGACUUAAGAUAGCUAUAAAAGAUGCUUUGAGUGAAAAUUCCCAACUUCAGGAAAGCCAGAAACAGCUUUUACAAGAUGCUGAAGAAUGGAAAGAACAAGUGAGUCAACUUAAUAAACAGAAAAUAACAUUUGAAGACUCCAAAGUAUAUGCAGAACAAGUUCUGUGUGAUAAAGAAAAUCAGAUCAAGUCUCUUACUGAACGCUUGAUAAAGAUGAAAGAUUGGGCUGCUGUGCUGGGAGAAGACAUAACAAACGAUGAUAACUUGGAGUUGGAAAUGAGUGAAUCAGAAAAUGGUAUGCAGAAAUUAACAGUAGAGGAAAAUUACCGAUUAGAGAAAGAGGAGAAACUUUCCAAAGCAGAUGAAAAGAUCAGUCAUGCAGCUGAAGAGCUGGAGACCUACAGAAAGCGAGCCAAAGAUCUUGAAGAAGAAUUGGAGAGAACCAUUCAUUCUUAUCAAGGGCAGAUUACUUCCCAUGAGAAAAAAGCACAUGAUAAUUGGUUGGCAGCUCGGACUGCUGAAAGAAAUCUUAAUGAUUUGAGGAAAGAAAAUGCUCACAAUAGACAAAAAUUAACUGAAACAGAGUUUAAAUUUGAACUUUUAGAAAAAGAUCCUUAUGCACUUGAUGUUCCAAAUACAGCAUUUGGCAGAGAGCAUUCCCCAUAUGGUCCCUCACCAUUGGGUCGACCUUCAUCCGAAACGAGAGCUUUUCUCUCCCCUCCAACUUUGUUGGAGGGUCCACUCAGACUCUCACCUUUGCUUCCAGGGGGAGGAGGAAGAGGCUCAAGAGGCCCAGGGAAUCCUCUGGACCAUCAGAAUACCAAUGAAAGAGGAGAAUCAAGCUGUGAUAGGUUAGCUGAUGCUCAUAGAGCACUUUCUGACACUGGGUCCCUUUCACCUCCAUGGGAACAGGAUCGUAGGAUGAUGAUCCCUCCAUCAGGCCAAGCAUAUCCUGAUGCAGCUCUUCCUCCACAAAGGCAAGACAGAUUUUAUUCUAAUUCUGGCAGACUGUCUGGGCCAGCAGAACUCAGAAGUUUUAAUAUGCCGUCUUUGGAUAAAGUGGAUGGUCCAAUGUCUUCAGAAAUGGAAUCCAGUAGAAACGAUAAAAAGGAUGACCUUGGUAAUUUAAAUGUGCCUGAUUCAUCUUUCCCCGCCGAAAGUGAAGCAACGGGCCCUGGCUUCGUUCCUCCACCUCUUGUUCCAAUGAGGGCUCCAUUGUUCCCAAUGGAUACAAGGGGCCCAUUCAUGAGAAGAGGUCCUCCUUUUCCUCCACCUCCUCCAGGAAGCAUGUAUGGAGCUCCCCGAGAUUAUUUUCCACCAAGGGAUUUCCCUGGCCCACCACAUCCUCCAUUUGCAAUGAGAAAUGUCUAUUCACCGAGAGGUUUUCCUCAUUACUUUCCCCCAAGAGCUGGAUUUUUUCCCCCACCCCCACAUCCUGAGGGUAGAAGUGAGUUCCCAUCAGGGUUGAUUCCACCUUCAAAUGAGACUACUACUGAGCAUCCAGAACCACAACGAGAAACUUGAUAAUAUUUUUGAUCUCUCUUCAAAAAUAAUUUUGACUUCUCUUUCAUUUUCAGUUUAAGUAACUGCUGUUACUUAAGUAAUUAUACUUUUGCUCAAAUUGAAGCUUAAUGGAAUUAUAAUUCUCAGGAUAGUAUUUUGUAAAUAAAGAUGAUUUAAAUAUGAAACUUAUGAGUAAAUUAUUUCCAUUUUAUUUUAUUCUAGAUAGUAUAAUUAUUUUAAUUUGAUUAACAAAUCCACUAUCACAUAAACAAUAAUGGGAGUUUUAUAUGUGUAAUCUUGCAGUUGGGGAUGUUUUAAACUCCAAAGGCUGUGUCUUUUUGCCAAGAACUGUAUUUACUAUGGUUGUAGACAAAUGUGAAAGUAACUUUAUGCUUAAUUAAAUAAAUUUUAAUUGACUUUAAA